AUGGAGAGCGGCAUGAUCGGCAAUAUCUGGUCACCCACAGCCGUCGGAUCUCCUAAUGUUCUCUCCCCGUCCGCAGCUCUUGUGACGCAGCCGAACUGUAGUAACCCUAACGCCCACCGCCCCGCGGCUACUAAUGCGCCGUGCAGCAACAAUGCUGAUGACUCGAAACCGAAGAGGAGUCGAGCUCUCGUGCGACGUUGCGACUCUGCGUCGGCUGCGGAUGUGUCGCACGUGGUCGUUGGCGCCGCAGGGCCUGGGGCCGCGCCGCCGUCCCUCGGCACUGCCGGCAGGAGCAGGACGAACACCGAGGCACCUCGAAUCGUGACGCCGUCUCAGAUCUCCCGGCCGGCGGCCCUCGGUACAACCGUUGCCGCCUGCGCCGGCAAGAGCAGGACGACGGCUCGGUCGCACAACCGGACGCGCUCCGUCAGCUGCAUUCAGAGCAGCGGGCUCGAGUUCCACUUCCCCUUGUCGCUCGCGCAAGGCGCGCAAGUCGGCGCGCAAGUCGUCGCGCAUGGCGGAGCGGAAGGACGCGCUAAAGAUGCGAUUACCUCUCCGCCAACUGGCUCUGCCCCUUCCGGCGCCGCAAACGACGGGAAGGUCAAACUCACCCGCGCUCUCACCGAGCGUAAUGGCACGAGUGCCGCGAGUGGCACGGGGAGUGGCGCAGGGAGUGGCGCGGCGGGGUCGCGGCGGGAGUUCACUCGCAGCCGAACCACCUCAGAGCGAGUGGGUGACUUCGACACUCCGCUCUCUCCGCAAGCAACCACCCGCAGCCGCAGCCCGAUAAGCUUCGCGGCUUCCCCCAAAACGCAGCGCCCUCCACCUCUCGCCGCCCGCUCGGAACCGGAUCCUGCGGCGGCGCCGCCAGCGCCCUCCGCAGCGCCCUCUUCCGCAGCUCGCCGUUUCCCCGAUCUGUACCCAGAUUGCGGCGAUACCGAUGGUAGCCCGCGCGACCCGCGCCGCAAGAGCGACUCGGAUGCCUCCGUCGAUGACCUAUACCCCAGCUCAGGCGCUGUCUUUCCGCGAUUUGCCUCCAUCGGCGACGUUUCAAGCGCCGAGGCCUCAGACAUUGUCGGUAACGAUAACGCUAACCGUAACGCUAACGCCAAGAAAAAAUUGCAUCCGGCGUUAUCCCGUCGCUCCCGCUCUGCGGGCUCUCAGUCAGCCGCCGCAUUGGCCGCUAGUAUGGGUGUCUCUCGCGGUGAAGCGGUGGCUGGCGCAGAUGUCGGCGGAUCGCGCACGGGACCGUCUGUAGUGCAGCUCGCGCCGCGGAUGGGCUUUGUGGAUUGGGCGGGAAUCAGCAGCCCGAAAACGGGCGGAACUGCCGGCCGUGCCAGCUUCGGCGCCAGUAGCGGCGGCGCCAGCGGUGGCGGCAGCAGCGGCGGCGGCGGCGGCAGUGGCGCGAGCAAGCUGAGGUUACAACCGUUGGACAGCAGCAAGUCGCCCUCUUCCGCCAGUCCAUCCCCGCGCUUCCCCGUAGCCAUUCCCUCCCCUUCCGCCGCCUCUCCGCUACCCGCGGGACCAAUGCCUGGCUCGCGGAGCCUCCCCCCUGCCGCUUUCCCAUAUUCUGCUGGUGCGCCCCCGCUCUCCCCGCUUGGCCGCGCCGGCAAUGCCGUAGUUCCCCGCCCAACCCACCGCCGCGCCAUAAGCGCCGCGCAGUUGUCCCCGCGUGUGCCUUCCCCGUCUGCGCGCCCAGUGCGUCCGCCGAGCUCGCCUUCUGUCGCGGGGAAGGCGCCAGGUGCAGCAGCGCCCGUUAACGCCGCCGCCGCCGCAGGGGGAACCAGUCGCUCCGCGUCCGCAUCCGCGUCCGUGCCAGCGGUCGCACGCUCUUCUCCCCGUGCGCGCAUCGUGCAAUCAACAACGGCGCCUUCUUCUGCGGCACGCGAAGCUACGGUGGAGGAUGGUGGCGCAUAUGCGGAGAGUACCUGCGCAACUGCGAAUCGCGCGGGGAAGCCAACGCCGAUGCUGAAGCCAGUGCCGCGGAGCAUGAGCGCAGAACCCGCGCUUGCGCUUCCCGUGCUUGCGCAUCCCCUGGGACAGGAGGGGCAGGGGGCGCAGGCAAAGCAGCAUCAUGUGGGGCAGCAGCAGCAGCAGCAACAGCAGCAGCAGCAGCAGCAGCAGCGGCAGCAGCAGCAGCAGCAGCAGCAGCACUUGCAAGGCAGCAGUCGCGAGCAUGUGGGGAACUACCGCCGCGCGGCCCCCUCGCCUCUCGCGGUUCCUACGCGGCGCCGCAACAGCAUGUCCAGCAUGCCGCAGGGCGACGCAGCUUCAAAUUCCGCGCGUGCCGGAUUGGCUGCGGCGAAUGGCGGCGUGCGUAUCGGAAGCGCUAGGGGGCAGGGUUCACCAGGCGCAGGCGCAUGGCCCGCGCGCAGCCCUGUGGGGACGGCUGGGGGAAGAGUAUCACCUCCCCCACUUGCUCCUAGCCCUCCCCGUUCCUCGCCUCCCCCAGUAGCACCUGCGCCAGCAGGAGAUAGCUGCAAGGAGCAACAGGUGGGUUACAACGGCCAGUGUCUCUCACAGCAGCAGCAGCAUUUGAAGCAGAGGCAGCAGGUGGCGAGCAGGAGAACCUACAGCGUGGAUUUUGACUUCGGGAGAAGCAAAUUCAGCAGCAGUAGCACCACCACCACAACCGCCAACAGCACCAGCGCCAACUGCACCAGCAGCAGCGGAAGCAGCAGCGCCAGCAGCAGCAGCGCCAGCAGCACCAGCAGCAGCAGCGGCAUCGCCAGCACCGGCAAGAGUCCUGUGAGGGCGAGUGGCAGGGGGGGAGCCGUGAUUCUAACGAGCCCGUGCCCCAGCCCGUCCCGCGCACAGGUUGUGCUUAUAGACGGAGUCCCCAUGCCCCUCCGCAGCGCCCUCAAGAGCCCCAGCAUCGACAUCGGCCUUGGGAAUACCGGGGUAAACCUUGGGAAUACCGUGGGAAGGAGCUCUAGUGUUAGCCCUAUUUUCCGCCAUGCGUCGCCGCUGGUAGCGAAAGGGGGAGGCGGGGGGAGCAGUGGGGAGAAAGAGGGGAGCGAAGGGAAGGCGGGGAAUGAGGGGAAGGAGGGGAAGGGAGGGAGGGUGCUGCACCCCCAGGCGCAGAAUAGUCCGAGGAGGGUGAGCUUUAGUGGGUAUGUGGAAGUGCAGGAAUUUGUGAGGGAUAGCGAGGGGCGGGGGAGAACGAGAGGGCGAUAG